AUGAACUUCUCUAACGACUCUGAAGAGAAAGUAUUCAAUGAGAUCUUUGACCAAUUGCCAACAUUAAUCAAAGAUAAAUGUUCAGACUAUGAUGAAUUAUACGGUUAUAAAUUGAAUUAUAACGAUUCCAAAGAAAAACUGGUUGAACAAUACUACGAUGAAGACAUUGCAAAAGCAUUAAUCUUUAAGAUCUGUAAAGCUUACCAAUUUGAUAAAACUAAAAUUAUUACUUCAAUAGUAGAUAUUUUAAACUGGAGAAAGAGUUUCAAUCCAUUGAGUGCUGCUUACAAAGAGACUCACAAUGAAGCAUUGCAAACUGUAGGUUUGUUAACUUCUUAUCCAGACGAUGAACCUAACAAACGUGUCGUAACUUGGAAUUUGUAUGGUCAAAUUGUUAAGAAGAAAGAGUUAUUUAAAGACUCUUCAAAAUUCAUUCGUUACAGAAUUGGGUUAAUGGAAAGAGGUUUACGUCUAUUAGAUUUUAACAAUGAUGCAAACAACUACAUGACCCAAGUUCACGAUUACAAAGGUGUUUCGAUGUUUAGAUUAGAUUCUGAAAUCAAAGCAUGUACAAAACAAGUUAUUGCAAUCUUCCAAAAAUACUAUCCUGAAUUAUUAUACGCCAAGUAUUUUGUCAAUGUGCCAUCGAUUUUAAGUUGGAUGUAUGAUCUAAUGAAAUCGUUCAUCGAUGAACAGACAAGAAAGAAAUUCGUUGUGCUAAAUGACGGUAAUAAAUUAGGUAAUUAUCUUAAAUCCUGUCCAUCAGAAAACUACGGUGGUACUGAUAAAAAAAACAAUCUACAAAAACAAGAUGUCGACACUCCAAGACCUACUCCUUACGCCUUAUACAUACUUGAGUCACAAGCAAAUGAAGAUAUUGAUUAA